UCCCAAAUUUUCGAACCUGAUUUCAUAGAAAAACCCUAGACACAAACACCAAAAUUAUCCAAAGCCGAGCGAUCAACGAAUCGGAUGAUUUCAUUACCUAAUAACUGAUAGAUUCUGCUCGGAGCGAAAACGAACUAUGGCGGGGUUUUCAUUGAAAUGCGGGGAUUGCGGGACGCUGCUGAAGUCAGUGGAGGAAGCCCAGGAGCACGCAGAGCUAACCAAACACACCAACUUCGUCGAAUCUACGGAGGCCGUGCUCAAUUUAGUCUGCGCCGAUUGCGGGAAGCCGUGCCGCUCAAAAACCGAGAGUGAUUUGCAUACUAAGCGGACGGGACACACUGAGUUUGUGGACAAGACUUCAGAGGCAGCAAAACCUAUAAGUUUGGAGGCUCCAAAGCCUAUGGAUGAUGUCGAGAUGGAGGAGGCUGGCGAGGGUAGUAGCACUCAGCAAGAAGAAAUGGUCGUUUCUGAUGUCAAUCAGCAGCUACUCGCCGAGCUUGAGGAAAUGGGGUUUCCUAAAGAAAGGUCAACUCGGGCACUUCAUUUUUCGGGCAAUGAAAGCCUUGAGGCUGCUGCAAAUUGGAUUGUUGAGCAUGAAAAUGACCCUGACAUUGAUCAAAUGCCUCUGGUACCUGUCAAUUCGAAGAAACCUGAGGCUCCAAAAAAAGCUCUCACACCAGAAGAGAUUAAGCAGAAACAACAUGAAUUAAGGGAGCGAGCACGCAAAAAGAAAGAAGAGGAAGAAAAACUGAAGGAAAGAGAAAGAGAGAAGGAAAGAAUUCGAAUUGGAAAGGAACUGCUUGAAGCAAAACGAAUUGAAGAAGAUAAUGAAAGAAAACGUAUAUUAGCCUUGCGGAAAGCAGAGAAAGAGGAAGAAAAAAGAGCUAGGGAGAAAAUUCGUCAAAAAUUGGAAGAAGACAAGGCAGAAAGACGUAGGAAACUUGGGUUGCCCCCAGAGGAACCAGCUGCUGCAAAACCCUCUGCUCCACCUGUUGAGGAAAAAAAGAGCUCCCUGCCCAUUCGGCCAGCUACAAAGGCAGAGCAAAUGAGAGAGUGCUUAAGAAACCUUAAACAGAAUAACAAGGAUGACGAAGCCAAAGUGAAGACAGCUUUCAACACACUCUUGACUUUUGCUAAGAAUGUCGCUACGAAUCCAAACGAGGAGAAAUUCCGGAAAAUCAGACUUACUAAUGCUAAUUUUCAGGAUCGGGUUGGAAAAUUGAAAGGAGGCGUUGAGUUUCUGGAGCUUUGUGGAUUUGAGAAAAUGGAAGGGGGUGAAUUUUUGUAUCUACCAAGAGAGAAAGUGGACAUGCCGGUGCUGCACUCUGCAGGGAGCGAGUUGAACAGUGCCAUAAAUAAUCCUUUCUUCGGUGUUCUUUGAUCUUAAAUUUUACGCUUGUCUUUUGACAUUUUUCCUUUUCACCAAUAUUUCACUUCCACCCAAAUUUAUGAAUUGCCUAUGCGGAGCAGCUUCUUAGUCUUAGAAGCUGUUUUUCGUUAUGUGUUGAAAUAUUAUUCUGCUCGUUUGCCAGAUACAUUACUGGUCAAUCAUCAUCAUCAUUUUGUA